AACUAGGGAUGUCAGAUAGUUAUUUGGCCGGAGACCUGAAUUUUAAUUAUAACAAUUAUCCAAUUUCCUCAAUAGAAUUUUAUUUUAAAGGCAUCGAACGAAUUCAACUCAGAGAAAGAGGAAGAACAAAGAAUGAUAUAAAUAUCGACCGUACACUAACGGAAAAAUAUUUAAAUAUUAAAUUUGAAAAACCUGUGCGAAAGAAUUCUUAUUCCUUCAAUUUUCCAUUGCCUUCAAAUUUAUCAAGUUCUUUUCAUGUUGAUGAUAAAAAGAAUAAUGUAAGUGGUGAAAUAAAUUAUACACUAAGUGCGACGGUUCAUACAACUAAUAGAUUGGCAAGAAGAGAUAUUGCUGAAAUUAUUUGUCCGUUGAAACAAAUAUUAUUUAACAAUCAAAUGACUUAUAUAGAUGUGAAAGAUACAUAUUAUGAUCCUCAGGGACUAGAUCCUUUAUUCAGAUAUUCAUUUCUGAUUCCAGAAUAUUUGGGCGUUGGGGAAAAGAUUUAUAUUCCAAUUAAAAUUGAAUUUAACACAACAACACACAACACAAUUGAAAUAAUAUUGUUUAAAAUUUCUUUGAAAUUAGAAACGCAAAUAUUUUUUGAAAAGGAUAAUCCGCUUGAAGAUGUGGAAGAAUGUUGUUUUAGUCAAGAAAGACCAACUAAAAUCGUAGAUAAUGAGCUUUCUCAAAAGCUUUCUUUACGAAUUCCACGUGAUCUAAAAACAAAACAAUCUGUGAUAGUAGCAAAUGUUAAACAAUCAAAUGACUUUUCGAAAUAUCAUUCAUAUCAAAAUUAUUCUGAUGGUGAUCAUAAUGAAAUAAUGAAUGAUUUUCAAGACUCUACAAAAACUAUCAAUGACCAAGGACUUAAUAG